AUGAAGGGCUCCCUAUUCAAUUCCCGCUGGGCCCCGGGUAACAGCGAUUCCUACGAUCCAUAUCAAUAUGAAACUCCUCCUCCUCCUUCCUCCUCCACCUCGCACAGCACAACUUCCUAUCAACCACCAUCAGACUCGCCUUCUUCCCCAUGGCGAUCAAAACCCCCUCCUCCACGCACUCAUAGUGCCCCCGCACCCCCGUACAGCACACCGUCAACACCAUCACAUCACCAACGACAACAACAAAAACAGCAGCACCUCCUCCCUCCCGCCGAAGAACUCGCGCGGUUCAUGAAACUCGUCUCCCGAUUACGCUGGAAACUUCCCUUCUUAGCAGAAGCCUACCGCAUUGCCACGGCCGAGCAGAAUCCCUCCUCCGAAGCGGAAAUCAUGUUCAAAAUCGACUUUUUCGAAUACUAUGCUCUUCUCGAGCGCGCCAUCGUCCAUCUACUCGCAGUCUUCAAUAUUACCGUGUCCUCGUCGGCUGCCGGUCCGGCGACACGCGGGCGUGUCUACAAUUCCACCACCUCCACAAACAAUGACGAUUUCAAUAAUUCCACGACUGGCGGCGGUGGCGGUGGGAGGCAUGGCUCGUCCACGAUGCAUCGAUACCACGCCAACGUUCUUUCCGCACUGGAAUCCGAAACAAGUCCACUUACUCCGGUGCUGGGCUCAGGCCAUGUCUUCGAGCAAUUGCGCCAGGCAAAAGAGUUGCGCAAUCGGUGGAAGACGGCGGAUAUGACGACGGACCAAUUGGCGCGGGAUCCGAUCGGAGAUCGGGACUCGGUGCGGCCGUUGGAGAGCUAUGACUUGGAAGGGAUUCUAGGCGCCAUCUUUGCCGGAUUGGAGGAAGGCUUUGUGAGGGCGAGGGAGCAUGUUGCCCUGUGCAAGCGACCCGGGGAGAAGGAAGUGGAGGAGGUCAAGGAAGGUGGGUGGGACUUUAUGGUGGAUGCAAUGGAUUGGGAGGCUGUUUGA